AUGCGUGGAGUUGUGUCUUGUUUGCCCGUGAAGCCUGCAUUGUUAUAUCGUCAGCCGAGCACCCCAUCUUCUUCCAGUUUGAGAUUUGUUGUCAGAACCCCGCCAAACCAAUUACAGCCGAGGUUGUUAACACCAACACUGUUCAACCAACAGAGGUCGCUGUAUUCCAAGAUGGCUACUCCAACCGCACCAGAGGAUCCAAUUGUGAAGGCGUUGCAAGAGUUCACUACUUGUGACGUUUCCGACGCCCUGAUCAAGCUCAAGUACCGCAAUGGCGGGUUCCUAUCCGGGCUGACGAUGUGGUCCCCUCAGAGACAGGACGGGGAUACAAAGAUUGUUGGGCCGGCGUAUACGGUCCAAUAUGUCCCGCUGGACGAUCCUAGGCCGAAGCAUCCGAGUCAUUAUAUCGACUCUGUCCCUCCGGGAGCGGUUAUCUUUGUUUCUUGCCCUCCCAAGACUCCAAAUGCAGUUUAUGGUGGAUUGAUGAGCACGAGGGCGAAGGCGAGUGGUGCCGUGGGGAGUGUGAUUGAUGGACGGUUUAGGGAUUUGCAGGAGCAGAGGGGGCUGGGGUUUCCGAUCUUUGCGAGAGAUGUCGGAACAGCGCCUCCUGCUGAGUUGCUCAAGGUGGCGGCGGUCAAUGUGCCAGUCAAACUGCAGACUGAUGAGCAGGACAUGACGAUCAGGCCGGGGGAUUACCUCAUUGGUGAUGUGAAUGGGGUUGUGGUGCUGCCCAAGGAGUUGGCGGAGCAGGCGAUUCCGCUGAUGAAGAAGCAGGUGGAGGCGGAUGAGAAGAUGGCGGUGGAGAUUGCGAAGGGGAUGAGCUUUUCGGAGGCGAGUAAGAUGUUUAGGCUUUGA